GUGUUAGCUGGCAGGUAAGGGAUUGUUGUUUGAUUGCUUGUAAGAACUGCAAGAAGUAACUAAUUGCUUGUUAUCUCGAAUUCAGUUACCGCUCGUUGACGUUCGGUCGUUUCGGGUGGCGUAGGACGCGUAGGAUUGGUCGUUUUCCAUGCCAUGGUCAGUCGCCCAGGGUUGUUUCUGGUCGCGCCGUUCAACGGUCGUCCGGCCGAGCAUGUGGUAACGUGGUUUCGUACUGUGGUCAGAUCAAAAACGCGAGGUAAAUUACUCGCGCGUUUUUAAGUACUAGGCUAGCUUAACCCAAAUUAGUAGUAUUUGUUAGCUUAUUAUCCAGAGCAAGGUUUUUCAGUUAUUCAUUCUUUUGUACAGGAUCUGAAAGAUUUGAUGCGUAAGGCUGGAGAAGUUACUUAUGCAGACGCGCACAAGUCAGCUAAGAACGACGGUAUCGUCGAGUUUGCUGCCUAUGCUGAUAUGAAAGAAGCAAUUGAGAAGUUUGAUGGCUAUGAGCUUUAUGGACGCAGACUACGUGUGUACGAAGAUCGACCAGGUCAGAGGUCACGGUCUGGCUCUUAUAGAUCGCGAUCUGAUAGUCGUCAUUCUCAUCGUUCACGUAGUCGGGACUCGCAUCGCAGACAGAAGUCUAGAAGUCCUAGGCAUCGACACGACAGAUCACUUUCAAGUGAUAGACAAAGGUCUGAGUCCGGCAACGAUUCGCACAGACGCUCAAGAGAGAACUCGAAUGACAUUCGAUCUAGGAGUCCGUCACGCCGUUCCGGAACAAACCGUUCUAAUGCAAGAUCCAUUUCUCAUCACAGCAAUAAGCGCUCAUUGGAUGCUGGUUCCCGUUCUCCAAGCUGCAAUGGUAGAGAGAAUAGCAUAAAAAAUGACCUGGAUCGGCGAUCGCGGUCACGUUCUGUCUCACAUUCACGUUCUGGAAGUAGAUCACGUUCAGUGGAAUCAAGGUCUCCUGGUCGCUCGCAUACACACUCUCGAUCCGCAUCGCGGUCUCGUUCAAUGUCGCAUCGUAGUGAGUCCGGAACACCAAGACGUUCGGACGAAGAAAUGGACGGCAGGAGCAACGGUGACCAUGAGAUCCGAGAAGGUGAUUAUGAUGAGUAAUCGCAUUUAAUGUAGACUCCAAGUCAUUGUUAUUUUACACGCAUACUAACUAUUCUGCAUAAAGCAGCUUUUUUCAUAUCC